AUGUCAUCAGACAACACGAUAUCAUCAACAACAACAACGACAACAGCAGAAGCAGAAGCAAUGGACACCACCACCAAGAUACAGUUGUUGAAUGGAGAGAUAAACUCUACGAAUGAUAAUAGUAGUAGCAUCAUCAUUGCCAACAGAUAUGAACAGAAUCAACAACAACAAAAUAGUAAUGGAGAGUUGGAAAGACUCAUGCCAGACUUCAAAGUGGUGGACCAUAACAAUGGCGAUGGUGGAGAUGACGACGAUGACACCAGCGACGACAUCUACACACCAUUGAAUCCAAAAGACCUACAUCGUGUAUACAAUGAGAAGAUGUCAAAGCAACAUUUCAAGAGCUUUAUGAGACCAAUUCCACUAUCAAUGGAGGAGUUCUUUAGGCGGUUCGACGAUCCUAUAAUUGCACUAUGUCAAAAGAACACAAGUAGACCUGUUUACUAUCUAAGUUUAAUCAUUACAUCACUUGUAGCGAUAGAAAUAGCAAUUGCAACACCUUAUAUCUUAUUUAUACUGGGCCAGGAUGCACUGGCAACAGAGUUCACCUAUCUAGCCUUACUUUUGGCUUUAUUGUCUCAAGUUCCCAAGAGGUUCUUCUGGAGAUUUAGACCAUACAUGGUACAUCGCGCCAAAACUAUGAAAAAGGACAUGACAUCAUCAUUCCCAUCGAGAGCUGUUACAUGCUCAGUUGUGUAUGCAUAUGCUAUUGUAUGGGCAGUACUAUAUUAUCAACCUGGACAGGUGUUUAGAUGGUGGAUGCCAUUGUUAUUCAUUGGUAUGAUAUUGGCUACAUCAUUCGCUCGCAUCAACCUUGGUGUACACUACCCUUCAGAUUGUCUACUUGGUGUAUUACAGGGUACUAUUGUAUGUCUGGUUGGUACUGGACUACGUAGUCUUGAUAUACUUGGAUGUUGGUCGUGUUGGGACAAUGGAUGUUAUUCAACAUCACCGGCCACCACAUUGGAGUUCUCCACAUUGGGUCGACUCAACUUCAUCAUGUUAUCCUGUCUAAUCAUCCUAUGUGUACUCAUACCAAUUGUAACAGUGAUGAAGCCAGUGGAUUUCUGGUCAAAGUGUGAUAGAGUAUAUGGUAUGCUAUUCCCAUCUAUAUUCUUCCAAUUACUGUUCCUUUGCCCAAAGGCAUACUCGGAGCAUGCAUCAUUACCAAAGCCACCAUCACCACAUUGGUAUUCUUACCUGUUUGCAAUUGGACUGGCGAUUGGUGCAACUAUAUUCGCAGUCAAGGCCAAACUUCGACAUCCAUUGAUCACAUUCUGGAUCAUCUUUACCAUUCUUACAUCCUCAUUAUUCAUAUGGAGGAUUGCAAUGAUCAGUUAG